AUGAUGUUUGGUGGUUAUGAGACUGUAGAAGCGUAUGAAGAUGACCUUUAUCGUGAACACUCAUCGAGUGAAAGUGUCGACAGUGAGGUGGAAUUUCAGCUCUACAGCCAAGUUCAUUAUGCCCAAGAUCUUGGUAAUGCCAGAGAGGAAGAACAGGAAGAGAAGGACUCUGGGAAUUCUGAAUCACUGAGUAGUAAACCAAAUCAGAAGAACCUAAUUGUCCUUUCAGAUAGUGAGGUCAUCCAGCUAUCAGAUGGGUCAGAGGUUAUCACUUUGUCUGAUGAAGAUAGUAUUUAUAGAUGCAAAAGGAAAAAUACUAGAAUUCAACCACAAGAAAAGACCCGGGGUCCUCCUGCUUUUCUUCAUUCUGAUGAGUUGGCUGAUCAGAAAUGUAAGAGGGAUAUUGAGAAGCUCAAACCUGAGGAGAGAUCAGGUACAGUCCAAGAGGUCAUGAUUAUAGAGGUCAGUUCGAGUGACAAGGAAGACAGCACCAUCUCAGAAAGCGAGGAGGUGGAAAGCUGGAUGCUGCUGGGAUGUGAAGUAGAUGACAAAGACAAUGGCAUCCUGCUCAACCUUGUGGGAUGUGACAGUUCUGUUGGUGAAGGAGAAGAUGAUGUAAACUGGUUCAUCAGUGACAAAGACAUUGAGGCCCAGAUAUGUAAUAAUAGAUCAUCUGGAAGAUGGACCCACCGGUACUAUUCAGCCAACAAAAACGUUAUCUGUCGAAACUGUGACAAAUGUGGCCAUUUGUCAAAAAACUGCCCCCUUCCCCAAAAAGUCCGCUCCUGCUGCCUGUGUGCUGAGAGAGGACACCUCCAGUAUGCCUGUCCGGCCCGCUUUUGCUUAGACUGUUCUUUGCCCAUGUCUUCCACUCACAGAUGUCUUGGGAGAUCUUCAUGGAGAAAACGAUGUGACCGCUGUGAUACGAUAGGCCACUAUGCUGACGCUUGCCCAGAAAUCUGGAGACAGUAUCACCUAACGACCACACCAGGACCACCUAAAAAGCCGAAGACCCCUUCCGGACAGUCAGCUUUAGUGUACUGCUACAACUGCGCACAGAAAGGCCACUACGGACACGAAUGUGCAGAAAGACGGAUGUUUAACCAAACNNCUCCUACCUGUUCUAGUUCCAUGAUAUAUGUAUACGUAUAGGCUUACAAAGGAACUGCGUGGAUUGUCCAGAUGGUGAGCAUGCAAAAAAUGCUUUUAUAUUUUCUAGAGCUGCAGAAAAAUGGAGAUUUUCCAGGGCAGUUCAAGAGACCUCACCUGGAAGCAGUCAAUCGGGGGCUCCACCGUGCUGUGAGAAAGAGCCGUGAUUCAUGGAAGAACAGGUGGCCACGAGAAAGGAGAGAGAUCCAGCAAGAAGUGAUGAGCAAGUGCAGUAGGGAGCGUGGGAGGCACGGGUGUCAUGAAGCGGACGAGGACUUCCCCAGGGGCCCCAAACCACCACAGAAGCCUCACCAGUCCUUUCGCCGCUCAUCCCAUCACCACAGGCCCAAAGGGAGGCUGGCCACGGAGGGCAAGUGAGGGAAACAUAAGGGAAAGGAGGCCGGCCUGGGAGAUGGUGACCACGCUGGUUCAUUUCUUAUUUAG